CCUUGAUGGGGGCAAGAUGAGGUGUCUGCCUCCGCAUUCUCUUGCUUAGUUACAGCUUCUAAAGAUUACUCCCUAAGCGAGGACGGAUUUUGGGUCUCCUUCCUGAUUAGUUGAGUUUUGAGCGUACACAAUAGAAGUGUUGACCAUAUUCUUGAAGAGGAAUUGAUGGAAAUGAAUGGAGGAAGCGAUGUAAGUGCAUCUGCCAACACUCUUCUACAGUGGAGCCAGUGGCAGUUACUUGAUUCUAUUCUCCCUACAGGUGGUUUUGCUCAUUCAUUUGGUCUGGAAGCAGCAGUUCAUGCGCGAGUAGUUUCGUGUCCUCAGGGUCUUCAAACCUAUGUGACUCAUGUGUUAGAUAACACUGGGAGUUUACUGCUCCCCUUUGUCUACUCUGCGGCUCUGUCUCCAAGUUUAGAAACCUGGCACAAACUUGACAGAAUGUUGGAUGCAACUUUAACAAAUGAAGUUAGUCGAAAGGCAUCAGUUUCACAAGGAUCAGCACUUAUGAGAGUGGCUGCUACUGUUUUCCCAGAAGUCCCCUCCUUCAAAACCAUGAGGGAUGUGUCUCUGACAUCAAGAGCUGUUUCUUUUCAUCAUGCUCCUAUCUUUGGACUCAUAUGUGGGCUUCUUGGGAUAGAUAGCGGAACUUCUCAAAGAGCUUACAUGUUUGUGACAAUGAGAGAUGUUAUUUCUGCUGCAACAAGAUUGAAUUUAGUAGGACCAAUGGGGGCAGCUGUAAUGCAGCAUCAGAUUUCUCUUGUCGCUGAAGUCCUGACGAAAAAAUGGAUGGACCGUGUAGCUGAGGAUGCUUGCCAAACAGCUCCUUUGCUUGACACUGUACAGGGCUGCCAUGGUUAUUUGUUCUCUAGAUUGUUCUGCUCCUGAAGUCCAGGUAAGCACUUCAAUACUUUGGCCACUUUUGUUAGCAAUAAUAUCAGGUUUGCUAAUUAACUAGUGAACAUGAUUUUGUUUUCUAAAUCUAUAAUUCCGUUUCAUGGGCAUCAAAAUGGUAGAUGCACCAAAUUUAUUGUUUUCUAUGAAAAGUACACAUUAUUCUUGCGUA